AUGGAGCACGGAAAAGGACACCAGUAUGACAAGCGCCUGGAUAACUUCUUCAAUGAAAGUGCAUAUGAAGUGAAAAUGGCCCCAUCCAGUAGCGUCUCCGAUUCCCCCCUUGGUCCACGUAGCAAACGGAGAGCGACCCAGCCCCGGUCGGAGGCUGCCCCACGCCACAGGGCCAACCCCGGCUGGCCACCCGGCCUUUCGCAACUCUCGCCCCCUCCCCGCCGGCUGCCUCGCGGGGGAGGGGGCUGCGCCUCUCCCCGAGCCCCUCCCACCCACGCCGCCCCACUUAAGGGCCAGGGUCCGCGCUCUCGCCCACAGACCGGCUCGUGGCGGGGCGCGGGGCCGUCGACGGGGAGCCGGGCCGCGCGCGGGCAGACCCACGGCAGGGCCGAGGAUGGCCGCGGGACGGCGGAAGGGGAGCGGGCAGCGCAGCGGCCGAGCGGGCAGCCCGCCGGCGGGGCCCCGGGGGGGCGGGGGAGCCUGGCGGCGGCGGGGCGGCUCGGGACCGGAGGCGGCCCGGGGCUGGCCGAGGGGGCGUCGCGGCCGCUCCUGCUAGCCGGCGCCCCCUCGAGCCCCUCCGGGAGGCUCGCGCGGGCCUGGGGCGGCCGGGCGAGCCAAGCCCCCCACACCUUCCGAGGGCGCGGGCGGUCUGUGCGAUGCGUCCUCGAGGUGAGUGCCUGGGAGGCCGCCCUUCCUCGCCGACCUGAGCAGGGGGGAAGUGGCGGGAGCAAAGACUCUGCCCCCCCACCCCCCCACCCCCCUCCCGUAAACACCCCUCGCGACCUUUUCCCGACCCGGGAGCGGCGCGAGGCGGCGCCACCUGACCCCUCGCUGGCCCCGGCGCCAGGGGAGGGGAGGGGAGGGCGGCCCCGCGCCAAGGGGAGGACGCCCACCCCGCCUCAAAGCCACCCCGCCGUCCCGCCCGCCCCCUCCCUCCCUCCCUCCGCCUGGGCCGGGGAGACGGACGACGCCCGAGGAGGGCGAUGA